CUCUUUCCCAACCUUUUUCCUCUGCACCGAUGAAUGGGUUUGCUCAGCAAGCAGAGAGCAUGAGUGAAGGGAUGGCAAAGACUGUCAUGAGCAAGUUCGAGCCGGAGAAAAUUGAUGGAUUUGUUGAAUUAUAACUAGAAAAUCAACAAAGAAAAUAAGAAACAAUGAGCGAACUAAGGCCGGUUCAACAAGCCUGAGAAAACCCAGAUCUGGGUUUCAGAAAACCCAAAUCUGGAGAGGAAGAAGGGAGAAGAGAGAGAGAGAGAAUAAGAAGAAGAAAAAAGAGGGAUGAUCUUAUUUUGAUUUCGAUUUAAAUUUGCUGAAGUAGUAGGUUUAGGGUUUUGAAUCUGAAAAGAAAAUGAAAAGAGAAACGAAGAAAACUGUGAUUUUUGG